AUGGCCACAUCUGAUUCAUUUAUUAUGGAUUCAAUGAGUGAUUCCUUAUUAGCAGCGGUAACUGAAACAUCUUUUUAUGGAGUGCAUCAUCCACCAGUUGCUGAAAAACCCCCAAAACCUUUAAACGAGCUCAGUUUACCGUCUGCUGUUAUUAAUUGUUAUCAGCGUUCUGGUAUAUCCCAUCUUUUUGCAUGGCAAGCUGAAUGUCUUGAAAAAGCCAGCGCAAGCGGAAAACGUAAUUUUAUAUUUUCCGCUCCAGCUUCAGCUGGUAAAACAAUUGUAUCUGAAUUACUUCUAAUAAAAUCAGUACUUGAAACCAAACGCAAAGCUUUGUUUAUCGAGCCUUACGUUAGUAUUGUUCAAGAGAAAGCAAAUUAUUUUCGAAAACUUUUCUCAUCGCUUCAUUUACGCAUCGCAUCCUACGCUGGUUCAAGUGAUUCUCAUCAUGCAUUUUCUAAUAGUCAUAUUAUAAUAUGUACCAUCGAAAAAGCGAAUAGCAUAAUAAAUCGUUUAUUAGCAAAUCGUGAUGAUUUAAAUGAAAUCGGCAUUAUUAUUGUUGAUGAAUUACAUUGGAUAGGUGAAACGAAUCGGGGAUAUCUACUUGAAUUACUAUUAAGUAAAAUAAUCUAUUAUAAUCAUUUACCAGCAACUAUGAAUCCGGUACAAAUUAUUGGUAUGAGCGCAACAAUACCUAAUUUAAAUCAAUUCGCAGAAUGGUUGAACGCAGAAAUCUAUGAAACAACAUUUCGACCAAUACCACUUGAACAAUAUGUUAAAAUUGAAUCGAUGCUAUACAAUAAACAGUUUAUGCCGAUACGUCAACUUCAGUUUUCCGAUCAAUGGAAUCAAGGUGACAGUGAAGGCAUAACGGAAAUUAUUUGGAAUGUUAUUGAACAUAAUUGUCGAAGUGUAUUGGUGUUUUGUUCUACAAAACAUUGGUGUGAAGUUUUAGGAAAAUUAUUAGCAAAAAAUUUCCGACGAAUUAUGGAUGAUAAACAAAUACAUCCAUUUGAUAAUGCUAAACUUGAAGAUGUCAUCGAACAAUUACGUAGAACUCCAGCGGGUCUUGAUGCUGAUCUUGCGUGUUCGAUACCAAUGGGUGUUGCUUUUCAUCAUGCUGGUUUGACAAUUGAUGAAAGAGAAAUUAUUGAAAAUGCUUAUCGUGCGAAUAGUAUUCGUGUUAUUGUUUGCACAAGUACACUAUCUACUGGGGUUAAUCUUCCUGCUCGGCUAGUGAUUAUUCGAAGUCCACUGCAAAAUGGUCGAUGUAUUGAACUAAGCACAUAUCUUCAAAUGGUUGGCCGAGCUGGUCGAAAAGGUUAUGACGAUUACGCUGAAAGUAUUUUAAUUUGUUCAAAAAAAGAAGUUGAACUAGUGCGGAAAAUGUUCGAACAACAAAAGACGAAACCAGUGAAUAGCUGUUUUUUCGAAGCCGAAACUCAUACAAGUGUUAAACGAGCUUUGUUGGAAGUUAUUUCAAGUGGAAAAGCCAAUACGAAAGAACAAAUUAUUUCUUAUAUUCAAUCGACAUUUUUCUAUAUUUGUUCGAAAUCAAAUAAAUCCAUCAUUGAUGAACAAUUAACAAUCGAUAAAUGCCUUCGAUGGUUAUGCGACAAUGAACUCAUUCAUUGUAUAGAUAAGGAAAAUAGUGCCAGUGAAAGUAGUUUACGAUAUGAACCAACACAACUUGCUUUGGCGAUUAUUAGCUCAUCAAUCAGUCCGGAUGAUGGACUUAAACUUGUCGUUGAGUUAAAUAAAGCUCAGCGAAGUCUAUGUCUCGAAAAUGAUUUACAUCUCGUCUAUCUCAUCAUUCCUCAACAUUUGAUAAAUUCGGUUUUGACAACUCUCGAUUGGAAUGUAUUUCAUACUGUUUGGCCAACUAGUGCCGUUGAACAACAUGUCGCACAUUUAGUUGGCGUUAAUGGUAUGGUUGUAUAUAAAAAAGCAGCAUCAUUACGUAUUGAAAAACGCGAAUAUGAAGAAAAAUUAGAUGGACCACGUUAUGCAAGAUUUUUUAUUGCACUUAUUCUAAAUGAUUUGUUAUCGGAAAAAAGUAUGUGUGAUGUGAUACGAAAAUAUGAAUGUACAAAAAGUUUCGUACAACAAUUGCAACAAACCACAGCUACAUUUACAUGUAUUGUACAAAUAUUUGCUGAACAUCUUUCAUGGAACAAUUUAAAACAAUUACUAAACGGUUUUCAAUCAAGAUUAAAUUUUGGUAUUAAACAAGAAUUAUGCGAACUUGUUCGAAUUUCGAUUUUAAAUGCUUGUCGAGCUCGACAACUUUAUUCAGAUGGUUUUACGACUCUUGCGUCUUUAGCCAAUGGAGAUGCCUAUGAAAUUGAACGAAGUAUUAAAAAAGCAGUUCCAUUUCAAACAACAGCACAACAAUUAGCUGAUGAACGUCAAGGCCAAACACGACAGGAUCGAUAUUGUAUAUUUGUACCUGGUCGAUCACCAUUAACUAAUGCCCAAGCAGCACGAGAAAUUAUCGAAGAAGCUAAAGUUUUACUUCAGCAAGAUUUACAAGCUAUGGGCUUUGGUAUUGUUAUUCAAAAACCACAGAAUGGCAGUAAAGCAGAAGAACAUGUGUCAAAUUCAGAUACAGAUUCCGAUGGCGAGGAAAAUGAAAAUGAAAGGGAUUUAUCUCCGCCAAGAUUAUCUUCGACUAUUCAAUUUCCAUGUUUGCUUGAUGAUAAAAAUAUAAAUAUUCGUAAUGCUUAUGUUGAUGGAAAAUAUAUUUGUUCAGAAUUUAUUCUAAUGAUUGAACAUAAAGAAACGAUUGCUAUUAGUUGUUUUACUAAGAAGAUAAAAAAAAUGAAUUCAGAUCCAUCGGUUUUUCAUAUUAACAAUCAAGAAGAAUUAUAUCUACAAUAUGUGGCUUGUGCUUUCAGUAUUCAUAAAGUUUAUAUAAUUGAUGUUGCAGAAGAUGAACAAUACUUUCAACAGCAUCGAAUGUCGGCUCUUAUUCACAUUCGAGAAAAAUUAAUGAAUCGAAAACAUAAUGCCGUUGUAUUCAAUGCAUUACAUACAUUAUUUACACUAUCAUCUUAUUUAGCUAUACCUAGAGUAUAUGCACGAAUCAUUGACCUACAAAUAUGUGCAUGGCUAAAACAAGAUCCGAUUGAAUUCGAUCGAAUCUCAACUUGGAUUGAAACACAUCAUUGUGUAUUGAAAUUUGAUAAAAGUCUUGAUGCCUAUAAAGACGAUGAUCAUCGUGAAAUGGCAUGCUUAAAAAUUGCCGGUGAAGUUCUUCUCUAUGCAUCGAUUGUUCCAAGAAUUGAACAACAAAUGAAUAAAAUUAAUCUAUGGAAUUAUUAUGUAAAUAUUGAAAUGCCAGCAUUGAAUAUUAUUCUGCAAAUGUUACUCAAUGGCGUUCUAAUUGAUCGUGAAGAAUUGAUUAAUGCACGAGAAGAUCUUCUAACUCUAAUGAAUAAACUUGAAUUACAAGCAUAUCGUUUAGUUAAACGUCGUUUUAAAAUGAAUAGGCAAAAAGAUCUUAUCAGAAUUCUCUAUGGGGAACUUCAUCUACCAGUACAACGUACACCACAUGGCCGUAUAUGUCUGAAGAAAUCCUAUUUAAAGGUGCUCGCUGAUAAACACCCUUUACCAAAAUUAAUAACAGAAUAUCGACAAGUUCAAAGUGCUCUUGAUCGAUGUAUUGAUCGUUUUGAACAGUGUGUUAAUGAACCAAAUAAACCGCAAUCACUACAACGUUUGAGACGAGAAGCUGCAUGGCAGGCUGAGCGUACUUAUGCUUUUUGUCACUUUUUAACCUCUACUGGACGUAUGAUGAUCACUAAUCCACCAUUACAACAUGUUCCAAAGCGUUUUUCUAUUCAAUCAUUACACAAGGAAUCGAUUGUUGGAUUGAGAAAAAUGAUUGUUGCUCGACCAGGUUUUCAACUCGUUUCUUUUGAUUAUUCUCAAUUGGAAUUACGUAUUCUUGCUCAUCUAUCCAAUGACGAUAAAUUAAAAGCACGUUUAAUAAUUGAUACUGACUUUUUCAUAUCGCUUGCUGCUGAUCUUUUAAAAAAGCCAGAACAUGAAAUCACUCAUGAACAAAGACAAAAUGCUAAACAAAUAUGUUAUGGUAUUCUCUAUGGAAUGUCAAACGAAACAUUUGCUCGUGAAACCCAAAUGAAUAUAAUUGAAGCCGAACAAUUCGUUGAAAAUUUCUAUAAAACAUUUCCAACGAUGGCUCAGUAUCUCGUUGAUUUGAAACGACAUGUUCUCGAAAACGGUUAUGUACAAAGUAUUCAUGGACGUCCAUUAUAUUUUGAUUUAACCCAUACGAUAUCGAAUGAAAUACUGAAAGCUCGAAUGGAACGACAAGCAAUAAAUUUUGUUGUUCAAGCAUCUGCUUGUGAUAUAAUGAAAGUGGCCAUGGAACGCAUAAAUCAAAUAUUAGAUCGAAUGUUUCCUUUUGAUUUAAAAAUCCGUCCAACAUCUAUCCGACCAGUUUAUCUUGUUUUACAGAUUCACGAUGAAUUACUUUUCGAAAUUGAAAAAAAUUCACGUACAAAUGAAAUUCUUAAUAUAAUUCGUCAUGCAAUGGAAAUAAAUGAUCAUAUUAAUUUAUCAUUACCAGUACAAAUUAAAUCGGGUGACAAUUGGGAAUCAAUGGUAUCCAUUGUAUAA